GGCGCUUACUGGUAUUUAAACAUCGUCGAUUGGGUGCUGAAGCUGACAGCUCCCAGAUACAGAUAAACAAAACCCAAACCAAAAAAACAAUGGCUCCUCUGGAUGCUUUGAAGCCUCUCUAUCUCUUUAACUCUCAGUGAGGAUCUCCUUUUUCCCCAGCCGCGCGUCAUCUUUGAACAUUAAUGGACUUUAUUUUAAGCUGCUGACGAGAAAGGCGCCGUGUUCUCUCCGCAAACGGGACUAAAGCGGAUGUUGUGACACCUGUAGCUGAAUCUGGAUCUCAGUCUCCUAAAAAGGCAGGUUGGAUUGUUUCACAUCCACUCAGCGUCCGCUCUGCAGGAGAGGUGCUCCGGCGCUGUUUGAUCUCGAGUGGGGAAGCGCAAAGGUAGCCUAAAGCCAUUUACGGACGCAUUAAUAUCUAAGCCGCUCUCUGUGCCUGCUUGCAGACAGGAAGGAGCAUGGAUAGAGAGGAAUUUGCUCUGACUAGUGCGUUGAGGGGAUUUGUAGAGCUGGGGGUGUGCUCCUGUUGAAACUAAACUAAGGACAGUGGAUAAAGCGCCGUCACCAACAGCUUCUCUCCAGGCUUCUUUUGUUCAUUCUCUCAUAUUUCUGGCGAGUAGAGAGAUUAUAUUUUAAGCAGCCAUGGGGAAAGAUGAGUGCAAAACAAUGCUGGACGCUUUGAACAAAGUGACCGCCUGCUACAGGCACCUGGUGAUCGCUUUGGGAAGCACCUCGGACUCGCAGAACCUGCGAGAGGAGCUGAAGAGGACCCGCAAAAAGGCCCAGGAGCUGGCCGUGGCCAACAGGACUAAACUGACCUCUCUGCUCAAAGAUAAGACCAUCAGCAAAGAGGACCGGGCCGAGUACGAGCGCCUAUGGGUGCUGUUUUCGAGCAGCAUGGAGCUCCUGGAGGUGGACAUGAAAAGGUCCCUGGAGAUAGCGCAGGAUUUCCCCCUCAAGGUGCCGACGAGACACCUGAUCCAGACGGGGAUGACCGGCAGCACCACCACGGUGGCGGCCCGCGCCAUGAGCGUGCAGAACAUGAAAUACGAGGCGGACAGCAACAUCGACACGGCGGACCUCCGGGACCUGCAGUCCGAGAUCACCCAGGUGACCCAGAUGAUGGAGGAGAUGGAGAUGAAGGUGCAGGUGGCGCCGUGGGCCGUCGAGGCGAAGCAGGAGGCGGGCGCGGAGCUCAAGUCCAACAUGAGUGUAGGAAAUUCCUCCGUGGGUGUCAUCUCCAUCUGCGAAGAGGAGCCCAAAGAGGAGGAGGGGGGAGGCAACAGGGAUGCUGGCUUUGCGUCGAUCUGCGCCGUGCUCGUGUUCUUUAUCAUCGUCACGGUCGCUGUGGUGCUAGGAUAUUUGGUCAUCAAUAUGUCCUGAACUGCCUCACCGACAGCCCACCCUGAUGGACACCCUGCGCGGCUGCCCACUGGCGCGUCACCGCGGCUGUAAGAGCCAGCAGCUCCGCAAAGAGCUUUUUUACCUGAGGGGCUGAAAAAUAGGCUAUGUGGACACGCAAAGUUAUUAAUCUUUCUCGGAUUUGUGAAUGUAUUCGGUGGAGUUGAGGAGUUGCACUAGAUAAAAUGUAGAACAAUAGAAUGGACACCGGGCACAAUUUGAGGUUAAGUAUUUUGAGGGGCCAAGGGGUCGUGUAUUUUUGGAAGAGGAGAGGGAAAAAAAAUCAUGAAAUUACGUGACAGUGUCUGGCCAUCAGGAUGAUACAAACGACACGUAAUCCAAAUGGAUUAGUGGAAAAGCUCAAGCGUAAAUGUAGCCUACUGUUAAGUAUUCCCCCCUUGAUGUUCUGCUGAUUGAUGCUUUAAAUUUAUGAAUUCAAUCCAGCAAAGUCAGACGUGUUGAGAGGGGGGAGCAUCUAGAGUCUGAGAAAUGGGGUCAUGUUGUAUGAAAACUCAUAGAGCCAGUGUCACAGUUGGAUGUGAUCUAAUCUGCACUGUUCCACACUCCUGUUAGCACAGUUUUAAUACAGCAGAACAUAUGUAUAGCAGGCCUUCAUCUUACUUCAUUGCAUCAAAUCACAGUGUGCUUCAUAAGAGCCUUGGGGACCUCAGAGACGGUCCACGGUCUUUUAAUAAUGCACCCGUUCACUGUAAGCCUGUUCAUGUUCCUUUUCAGGGUUUCUCUUGCAAACAGUGUUGAAUGUACAUUGCAACAUGUGAAUAGAGGGGUUUGUACAUACAGACUGCUGUCUCAGAUAAUGUACAUAAGUAUAUUUAUUAUAAUAAAAUGUUGAAAUGCACUCCAAAACUUGCUUGUAGUUUGAAGAAAAGGCUCCCAGGUGUUUCAGCAUGUAACACCGCUUUUAUAUUAUGUGGGACGUUAAGAGCUAAAGCUAAUGGUUUUUACAUGAGCCCAGUUUGUAAUCACUGCAAAGCUUGACACACAUCAGAUGUACACAGAGGUAUUUUAAGCAGAGGAUUAGUAUCUUAGACGUAACCACCUUGGAUUAAAAUAGCAUACGGCGUGAAAUGGAAAGGACACUAAAACAGAUGCUUUAACUCCCUAAUGGUUUUAGUUAUAAGAGUAUUUGAAGGUAUUGCGUCUGCCAGAGCCAAAGCCUGUACAUGGUUUGCUGACAGUUGAUUUAGGUUGGGAGGUGGGACAGUUUGGGGUUAGCCAGAGACCACAGACUGGGCUGAUAGCUGGGAAAUACCUUAGCAGAGAGAUGUUAGUUUACACGACAUGAGUGCACUGACUGUUGUGAUGUUAUGAAAUCAGAAACAUGAAUGGGAAUUAUAUAACACUCUGCUAUGGAUGAUCAUAUGUUUCCUAUAGGGGUUUUAGAAAUGUUCAGCUUUCAGUGGGCUGAUACAGUUUGUUUCAUGUCUACCCUCCUGACAAUUUUGCACCUUCUUUCAAUACUUAUCAAACAGAAAAGCUCAUACAUAUAGUCGGCUACAUGCAUCAUUAUAGGAAAUGAAAAAAAUCUAAAUAUUCAAAACACUAAGUCAAAAAUCAUUAUGGAUGUUGAAUGUCUAACACUCCAUUUCUUCCUUCAAACUGUGCUAUUAGCAGGUUACAAAUUAGAUUUAACUUGAUUUUUCAAAACUGGAAUUGAGAUGAUUUAUCCACAAUUAAAUAAAUAAAACUAUGACAUUCUCCAAGUUCAAUGUAAAUUACAUAGUUUGGAGUUAUAAAGACGCAGCCUGCAUCACUUCUUACAAAGUAGGGGCUGAAUUAAAAAGCAGAAACAGACAGAGAAGGUAUUUUAUUGCAGUCUUUUCAGGUACAAAUAUAACAGCAGGAACAUAAAGAGGGUGUAAAGUGCUGCUAACACCUGCUAAAAAAGAGAAGUGUUCGAUUAUCAAUACUGAGAUGUUACUCCACAGCAGUGGUGUAAGGUAUUUACAACGGGCCCCAGUGCACGCUAUUAUGACGGGCCCCAAGGCAUGCUAGUUGCUUGUUAUGUGCCUAAACUAGUUACUGUAUAAUCUUUGUGUCACAUGAUCAAAUAGAGUGGAUAACACCAUCAUCAUAUCAGCCAGAAAGCAUCAUUGCAUAUGUGUAAAGACAAAAAUACCAAAGAAAAUAAGGAAGUAUAUGUUUAGUUGAAAGUUUUUUCAUACCUUAUUUGCAGUUUAUGUAAAGUAAGCAUAUAUAUAUAUAUGCUAUAACAUAUUUUGUUAUAGAUUGCUGAUGGCUGUUUUACAAAAAAAAUAAGAAAAGAAAACCAAGAUGGAGAUGGGUUUGCCUUUUUAAAGGGUAAAGCACAUGGCAUCGUUUUUCAUUUGAACACAUGCAUAUUUCUAAGGUGGCAAUCUAAAUGACUCACAAGGGCCCAUUAUCUGCCUAACCUAUGGUUGGAGGGCCCGCUCUCCCCAUUGGCCCCAAUGCAACUGCCCUGUCUGCACUGUUUAUAUUUACGCCCCUACUCCACAGUGUCUGUGAGCAUCCUGUGUCUCUCCUCGACAGAUUCACAAAGAUCCUUUGACAUCAGCUGUGUAAGUGAUGGUCAGUGAUGUAGUGGUAGUUGAUGAGGUGGAUGUACUACUAGAUAACUGGUUAGGUUACCAAGGAGGACCAUUUAUACUAUGGGUUUACGCAGGUACCGGGAGUGUAUACACCACUGCUGCUGGUGCUUUCAGGCAGCAAACAUCCAUCAUCUACAGUACAGUUGCUGGAAAUUGUCACUAAUUCUUACUUGUCAUAAUGUGAAUUAUUGCUCCAGUGUGAAUUCUGAUGAAAAGUCUGUUGUAACUGCUCGUGGUUCAACAGUUGCACAUCAAAUGAGCUCUAAAUUGACUUUAAUGAUCUCCUCCCCCAUCCUGAGGGUAUUCUCUGAUAAUUGUAUACGCUAAAUAGACCCCUGGCAUUUAAAGACCACUCAGCCUUAGUUGCCGGCUGUGGAAGUAUGUAAUAAUCUCAAAGGAUCAAAUUUAAUUAAAGCUACCCUCCUCCUCCGAGCAGAGGCCUGACUCCAUGUGGGAGUAAUGGAACAGAAUUACAUUUAAAAAAACCUGACAAGUGUUAAAUAUUCAAGUUGCAGAUUAAGAUGGCAAUCAUUUGGGACAUUAAAUGUUUAUUCAGCAGACUACUUAAAUGCCUUUUCUUGUUUUCCACUGUGUUUUAUCUCU